UGACUGUGCAAGCCAGUUUUAUUAAUAUAUUAAUAAUAAUUUCCGUAUAUAAAUUUAGUGAUGUUUUUAGUAAAAAUACAUAUUUACUACAUCCAGGCAGCAAAUGCAAGAUUCCAAACUUCGAUGUCUUCAGCUAUGAAGUUAAAAACAUCUACCAAAAAGAUGACUACAUACCUUGCACAAAUAAAACUCUUUUAACGUAUACAAUAAUAAACGGUGAAGGCAAUGUAGCAAAAUUAAAAGUUAAUGAAAGUGCUAAAAAUGAGUACUAUGACGGCGAUGGAGAUGUACAGUGUUGCAUCAGAUAUGUGAACAGAGAUGGGAGUGAACGUUAUCCCGAUGUGGGAAUAAGCUUAUCAGGUUGUCAUUGGUUUGUAAAGGAAGCUAUCCUCUCUCAAGAUACAGCUUUCGUAAAUUGUUUCAUGAACUAUUCAUUGAUAUACAGUAACGUCCACAACCCUAUGUUCAUCAAGAAGCCAUUAUACGAAAAAACGAAGGUUGAAAAUAAAAACAUUAAACCCAUAAGUGUACUCUUCGUAGUGAUAGACAGCGUGUCGCGUUUGAAUUUGAUCAGAACCAUGCCGAAAACGCACAAGUACCUUUUACAGAGUGGCUUCUACGAAAUGAAAGGUUACAAUAAAAUUGAUGACAACACAUUCCCGAACUUCAACGCUCUAUUAACAGGGUUUAAUCUGAAACAAUCCCGUGAAAUUUGCCAACCUGACAAGAUUGGAAUGCUGGAUGUUUGCCCUAUGAUAUGGUACGACUAUAAAAAUCUGGGUUAUGUCACAGCAUAUGCUGAAGAUCAUACUAGUAUAAGUACAUACAAUUAUUUUAAGAGGGGUUUCUCGAAUCCACCCACAGAUUAUUACUUCAAACCAUACUUCGAAGCUAGUGAAUAUUUAGGCACGAGGAUGCAGGAUUACAUGCCGUUUUGUGCAGGACCUGAAUCAGCAGGGGAGAGGGUGUUGAAUUUAGCAAAUGAUUUUUCUAAAACUUACUUAAAUGUGCCAAAAUUUGGAAUAUUCUGGAUGAACACUUUUAGCCAUAACCACAUCAAUUCUCCAACAAGAAUGGAUGAAAAACUAUUGGAGUUCUUCCAGGAUUUAAAACUGAAUGGUGUGUUUGAUGACAGUAUUGUGAUAUUUCUUAGCGAUCACGGUAUAAGAUUUGGCGAAGUAAGGCAAACUACUACAGGGUGGUUUGAGGAGAGACUCCCAAUGAAUUUGAUAUCGCUACCGAAAUGGUUUAAGCAGAAAUACCCAGAAGAAACAGCAAAUUUGGAGAAGAACCAACACAAACUUACUACUACCUUUGAUGUGUACCAAACCCUGCAACAUUUACUGGUGUUAUCAGGCAAAAACUACACGGAAACUUCAUGUCAAGGAGCACCAAGUUGUACAUCUCUUCUGAAACAUAUAUCAACAUCAAGGCAUUGUCAAGAUGCUGGCAUACCGGAUGAAUGGUGUUCGUGUACUGGGUACUUCUCACAAAUUGCUACAGAUUCCUCCAUAGUGAUAAAUGGUGCACUUGGUAUCAUUGACAAACAUUUAAAACAUACAUAUUACGACAAUUAUACUUUAGAUGUUGUUAAGAAGGCUACGUUAAGCGAAAAUUUCAAAGGUAAUGAAUAUUUGUUAGUCACAUCGCAAACAAAACCGUUCGCUGUAUUUAAUAGUUUGUUAAGAUUUACUAAUUCCACUCUCAAUCUUAUACAAAUGUUAAAAGUAGCCUAGUGUUUUAUAAUACAUAUUAUAUUGAAAACU